UCUACAUCAACGUUUCAUUCUACGACCGUGAUCAGCGCUUUAUCUUAAACCUGAGACAAAAAUGGCGGCGCUCAAGCAAGUUGUCUCGUUAUAUCAAACAUUGAAACAAGAAUGGACAAAGACUCCUUGUAAUUUGAAAAAAUGCGGCGAAUUACUUGCCCAAUUAAAGUUGGGAAAUUAUUUUUGCAGGUCGGGCUUACCCAUUUAAUGUUCUUGCCUACUUCUAAUAGCACAGCUUCUCAAAAAGAACUGCUGAUUGCACGCGAUAUUCUUGAAAUUGGUGCACAAUGGAGUAUCGCAAGCGAAGACAUACCUUCCUUCGAGCGCUACAUGGCCCAGCUCAAGUGCUAUUACUUUGAUUACAAAUCAGAACUGUCAGAGUCAGCGUACAAGUAUCAGUUGCUUGGCUUGAACCUUCUCUUCCUCCUAUCGCAAAACCGAGUGGCCGAAUUUCACACGGAAUUAGAACUACUACCAUCCGACCAAAUCCAAUCUAAUGUCUACAUUCGACACCCACUCAGUCUGGAACAAUACCUAAUGGAGGGAUCGUAUAACAAGAUCUUCCUGGCGAAAGGCAACGUACCUGCUGCUUCUUACAAUUUCUUCAUUGACAUUUUACUUAAUACAGUACGUGACGAGAUCGGUGCAUGUAUGGAAAAUGCGUACGACAAGAUCUCCAUUAAAGUCGCAUCAAGGAUGCUGAACCUAAGCACCGAGAAAGAAACCAGAGCUUUCGCUGCAAAGAAAAACUGGAAUCUGGCCAAGGAUGGAUACUUCUACUUUAACGCACCUCACGAAAAGAAGUGUGAAGAGCCCGUACCUAGUUCCGAUUUGAUCACCCUUGCAAUAGAUUAUGCGAGAGAGCUCGAGAUGAUCGUAUAACAUUUUUACAUGGGCCCUUAUAGUUCUAAUAUUGUUCUGUGUAUUUUUAUGUAAUGUAAGAUUAUAUAAAAUCCUUUAUAUCUAACUUCAUUAACAUCAAACGUAUGGUGGCAGCUUACGCUACGUUACAUGAGUCAAAUGAGGUAUAUUUAUUUCAA